UGACAAACAGAGCAGCAGUUUGGGGUUCGGCGCCUUAUGGGACUAAUGUGCAGGAUUGAUCAGAAUGUCUGGGAGGAAGAUUUCGUCCGUAUCGUUCAGCUCCACCGGCUCGGAUUACCCGGAGAGUCCUGAGGACGGGGGGUGUCCGUUUUCUCUGGUGUUCAAUGGGAAGAGCUCAGUUUCAGGAGCCAGCACCAGAAAUGCUGCUCGCAGGCGCGUUAAUCUGGACUGCUUGGGAGAGAGCAUCCGGAAACUUGUCUUUCCAACGCCACAGACAUUACAGUGGGCACUACAGAGGACAAUACAAUACUUCGAGCAACAAGUGAUUGGAGAAUUAAAAAGAGAUCCACGAGUGUCCAACAGAUGUCCCAAUGCAGACCACAAUGUCAGUGAGGAGCUGGAAGAUGUCUCAGGAAUAUUGCAAUGCUCAGCAAAUGUUCUCGGUUUGAAGUUUGAAGAACUGCAAGAAAAAUUUGGUGAGGAAUUGUUCUGCAUUUGUUUUGAAGAAAAUGAAAGGGUCCUGCGGGCAGUGGGCAGUACAUUACAGGACUUUUUUGGUGGGUUUGAUGCUUUACUGGAACAUUCAAGAACAUCCAAUAGUAAACAUGAUUGGUGUGAAUCCCCAUCUUUCCUAUGCAAAGAUUUAACUGAUGGUACUUUGAUGCUUCAUUACUUUUAUCCACAAAAAAUUGUUGGAUUUGCAAUGCCUGGAUUGAUCAAAGCUGCAGCAAAGAAGAUCUAUCAAAUGGAAGUUGCUGUGGAACAAGUGUUCAAUGUCCCUGAGAAGUUGUCUUCAGAUGGCACAGACCAGAGUAACUGCCUUACCUUCAUUAUCAAAGUAUAUGAAGCUGCAACUAAUAUGAAAAUACUUCCACGGGGAUUAACCCACUCUCCAUCUGAUCUAAGGAUAAGCAUCACCACUUUCUGCAGAGCUUUCCCAUUCCACUUCAUGUUUGAUCCGAGUAUGUUGAUCCUUCAGCUUGGAGAAGGACUCAGGAAACAACUGAAAUCAGAAACUCAUAAGAUUCUGAAAUUUCAGGACUGCUUUGAGAUAGUUUCUCCAAAGAUCUGCUGCAGCUUUCAAAGGAUUCUGUCAAAGCUGGCCACACCAUUUGUCAUUCGAGCCAAGCCAGUUGGAAGUGGGCUAGAAAGUCAUGACAAAGUGAUGGAGAUUAAGGGACAAAUGAUUCAUGUACCUGAAUCAAACUCUGUUCUUUUCCUGGGCUCACCAUGUGUUGACAAACUGGAGGAGUUAAUGGGACGAGGUUUACAUCUUUCAGACAUACCCAUCCAUGAUGCAACUCGUGAUGUUAUUUUGGUAGGUGAACAGGCUAAGGCCCAGGAUGGUCUGAAAAAACGCAUGGACAAACUGAAAGCAACCCUUGAAAAUGCACACCAAGCCUUAGAGGAAGAGAAGAAAAAGACAGUGGACUUACUUUAUUCAAUCUUCCCGGGUGAUGUCGCCCAACAGCUUUGGCAGGGAAAAUCAGUGCAGGCGAGGAAAUUUGAUGACGUUACCAUGCUUUUCUCUGACAUUGUUGGCUUCACAGCCAUUUGUGCACAAUGCACCCCAAUGCAAGUGAUUAGCAUGCUGAAUGAACUGUAUACCCGGUUUGACUACCAAUGUGGAAUCCUGGAUGUAUAUAAGGUGGAAACAAUAGGUGAUGCAUACUGUGUCGCUGGUGGGUUACACAGAAAGAGCAGCAGUCACGCUAAACUCAUAGCCCUCAUGGCACUGAAAAUGAUGGAACUAACUGAGGAGGUGCUGACACCCAAUGGAAAACCGAUUAAAUUACGGAUUGGGAUCCAUUCUGGCUCUGUACUGGCAGGAGUUGUUGGUGUGAAAAUGCCUCGUUAUUGCCUGUUUGGAAACAAUGUGACUCUGGCCAGCAAGUUUGAGUCAGGAAGUCAACCACGGCGCAUUAACAUCAGUCCCACAACAUACCAGAUAUUAAAGGGAGAUGAGAGUUUUAAGUUCAUACCACGCUCCCGAAGUGACCUUCCAGAAAACUUCCCAAAGGAAAUUCAUGGAAUAUGUUAUUUUCUGGAGGCCAAUGUUUCCCUGAGUUCAUCAAGGAUGAUAAGCAUGCCUGCUUGCACAAGGAAAAAAUCAUACAAUAUUGGGACUAUGUUCCUUCGGGAGACCAGUUUAUGAGAUUAAAAUGUUCUUGAGAUGGGUUUGGGAGCACAUCAUGCACACGGUAAGAAGGACGACAUCACAUGCAGGCUUUCUAAAUAGCUGAACGCUUGCCUCAAAGCUGAAUAUGGAAAAUUCAAUUUAAAGAAGAGAUGGAUGUGUUCCAUGUUAAUUGAAAGCAUAUCCCCAUUUCUAUUAAGGUGGGAAAAAAACAAAAUUGGUAAUAUUCUGCUUUAAAUAAUUUGUGUACAACAAAACUGCUUUCAGCAAUUGAAAUUAUUAAUAGCAAACAUACACAGAUGUGAUGUUGAGAUGAGAUUUUUAGCUGAGCAUCAUGGAAUGCAAAAAGAACAUGAUGUUAAAACUAAUAUACAAUGGUGUUCUCUAUUAACCUUUUAAUAGGGCACACAUCACGACUGUGCUUUCUGACUUACAUUGGCUCCUGGUUAGGCAAUACCUUGAUUUUGAAAUUCCCAUCUUUGUUUUCAAAUCCCUCCAUGAC